AUCCACUCAGCUAAACUCACAUCUCUCAUCAUGUCCCACAGCUGUCACUCUGGAUACUUCUCCCACUCCUUUGGGGGCCACCUGCCCUAUUCACACUCCUUCUGUGGUUCUUCGUACCCCAGAAACCUGGUCUAUACCACCAAAUUCCACCAUCCCAGGACCUGCCACCUGGGCUCCUCUCACUACAGGGGCUGUCAGGAGAUCUUCCACAGGCCCUCAAGAUGCCAGAAUUCCUGUGUGGUGUCCAGGACCUGCUACCAACCAAGGACCUUCACCCACUGCAGUCCCUGCCAGAGGACCUAUGCUGGAUCUCUGGGCUUUGGGUCCAGCAGCUGCCACUCUCUGGGCUAUGGAUCUAGAAGCUGCCAUUCCUUAGGCCAUGUUUCUGGAUGUUACCCUUCCCUGGGCUAUGGAUCUGGAUUCCACCACCCAACCUAUGUGGCUUCUAGGAGCUUCCAGUCUUCUUGUUACAGACCAACCCGUGGAUCAGCCUUCUAGAGAUAAAUCUGAUGAAUUUCUAGAUCUUUUAAGCCAAAUGUCUCACUGUCUCCCUAGAGCUGCUGCUCUUAGUUUCUCAGCAAUGUUAGCACCCCUUCUCUGGCAUCAAGCACAGGCUGACAGACUAGCACUUUCAGGCUGUGAAAUGAAUGAAUGAAUAAAAUAUA